UCUGUCAGGCAAUUAUCACCGACAAAUGAAAAUACCGACUCGUCUUCGCAAAGGCCGUAUCUUACCGUCACCGUGGUUUUGGCCGUAAUUAUGUAAAGGAAACUGUUUAAAAAUGAUACGUUUGUCUUGUUUUUGUUCUGGAAAAUGCCAUGUAAUGAGUCAUAUUUUAAUGUACGUAAUCCAGCAUGUAUGAAAACCCCAGCAAAGGAUAUUCUUUCUUCUUAGUCGGAAUUAUUUUAGGAGGAAAUGUUCAGAAGUGGAUUUCUGCUGACGCACUCAGUAACUGAAGCAUUGGAAAGGCUGCAUUAAGGAGAAUUAUGGGGAUUACUUUUAAUAAAAUAAAACGGGAGGCCGCAGUGAGGAAGAGAAUGGCUUUCACGAGGAGGAACGAGAAAAGGAAAAGUCGAGAAAAUGAGUCGGCCGUGGAUGAGUUCCACUUGGACUUGCGGGACGACAAGAAAGACCGUAGCUGCUUGGAGACAGAUGAGGGAGAAGGUUCUCAAGAAGCCUCAUCUCUGGGAAAACUAGUCAAGAAAAGGAGCUGUCCUUUGGAAGAUGAAGAUGUAAACCUGGGCAUGGGGAACGAGGUUCAGAGCAUGCUUGAGAGGUUUGGAGCUGACAUUGGGAAGGCAUUGCAGGCCAAGAAAAAGCGGCUGGAGGUAGUUACCAAGGCCUCGCUAAAAGGCAGCAACCAAAAGCUGGAGCAACUGUGGAAGACACAACAGGGACAGAGGCAGAAGCUGACCCAGGACUACUCCCAGCAGGUGUUUUCCUUACUCCAGCAGUGGGAGAAUGAUGUCCAGAAGUCAGGAGAGCAAGAGGAGAAGCUGAAUAACCUUUUCCGGCAACAACAGAAGCUAUUUCAGCAGUCCAGAGUCACACUGAGCCAGAGACUGAAGUCUGUUAAACAGCUGUAUGAACAGUUUGUGAAGAACAUGGAGGAAAUGGAGAAGAGCCAUGAGGCCUUCCUUGUAGGAGCCCAGGCAGAGCUGAAGAAGGAGAUGGCAGUGCUACAGAAGAAGAUCAUGAUUGACACACAACAGCAGGAGAUGGCCACCAUGCGAAAAUCUCUUCAGUCCAUGCUGUUCUGAGGCCCCGUCGUCACCAGGAAGAAUCC